AAGAACGCGAUUUUCCAUCUUCGAUCCUCUGCAUAUUCAUCGACACAGAAUGCGCCGUCGUUGACUGGUGCGAUCAAACCUUCGCAUUUUGCAAUCCGAAGUAAGGCCUCGGGAAUGCUUGUUCGGGCCUCGGGUCGGAUCCCGUCGGAAUUUGUCUUCGAUGAUUGUUUCUUGAUUGGAUAGCCAGUCGCAAGUUUGAUGGGCGUUGAUUAGGAGCAGAACCUUGUUGAUAUUGCCACAUACGGAGUGUUUCUAAGUUCCAUGCCGGGUUUGGCCUGAGCUUGUUAAACUUCAUCCCAUGCGAUUACAUUGAUCAUGAAGCGCUAUGUAUAUAUAAAUGAUGACAGUCUAGAAAAAGAUCUGUAUUGCCACAAUCGCAUUUCAAACAGAAAAUAUACCAUCUGGAAUUUUCUCCCGAAAAACCUAUGGGAACAAUUCAGCCGGUUCAUGAACCAAUACUUUUUGCUGAUUGCUUGCCUUCAACUGUGGUCUCUGAUUACACCUGUGAAUCCUGCAAGUACAUGGGGUCCCCUUAUAUUCAUAUUUUCAGUCUCUGCAACAAAAGAAGCAUGGGAUGAUUACAACAGAUAUCUCUCAGAUAAACAAGCAAAUGAGAAGGAAGUUUGGAUUGUGAGGCAUGGAAUCAGAAAACUGAUUCAAGCCCAAGAUAUUCGUGUUGGAAACUUAGUAUGGUUGCGUGAGAAUGAUGAGGUUCCUUGUGAUCUUGUUUUGCUUGGUACAUCAGAUCCUCAAGGUCUUUGCUAUGUGGAGACAUCAGCACUUGAUGGAGAGACUGACCUGAAGACAAGGGGGAUACCUUCUGCUUGCCUGGGAAUAGAUGUGGAGUUAUUACAAAAAAUUAAGGGUGUAAUUGAGUGCCCUAGUCCUGAUAAAGAUAUUAGGAGGUUUGAUGCAAACAUGCGUCUGUUUCCUCCAUUUCUUGAUAAUGAUGUGUGCCCCUUGACAAUAAACAAUACACUUCUUCAAUCAUGCUACUUAAGGAACACAGAAUGGGCAUGCGGAGUUGCGAUAUACACAGGCAAUGAAACCAAGCUGGGCAUGAGUAGGGGCAUACCUGAACCAAAGCUCACAGCUGUAGAUGCCAUGAUUGACAAAUUAACUGGAGCCAUAUUUGUUUUUCAAAUUGUUGUUGUUAUUGUUCUAGGUGUAGCUGGGAAUGUCUGGAAGGAUUCCGAAGCAAGGAAGCUAUGGUAUGUUCAGUAUCCAAAAGAAGGUCCUUGGUAUGAACUCCUAGUCAUCCCUCUGCGAUUUGAGCUGCUAUGCUCCAUUAUGAUUCCUAUAUCUAUAAAGGUUUCCUUGGAUCUUGUUAAAGGGUUAUAUGCUAAAUUUAUUGAUUGGGAUGAUCAGAUGGUUGAUCUAGAGACAGGGAUUCGAUCCCAUGCGGCCAACACCGCAAUUAGUGAAGACUUGGGACAAGUUGAGUAUAUCUUGACUGAUAAGACAGGGACCCUCACUGAAAAUAAAAUGAUUUUCAAGAGAUGUUGUAUAACUGGAAGAUAUUAUGGGAAUGAGAAUGGGGAUGCUUUGACAGAUGAAAAGUUGCUUACUGCUGUUUCCAGUGGUUCUGAUGAUGCAAUUCGGUUUCUGAAAGUUAUGGCAAUUUGCAACACUGUAAUCCCUGUUCAAAGCGAAAUGGGGGGAAUAACAUACAAGGCCCAAUCUCAAGAUGAAGAAGCUCUUGUACGUGCUGCAGCUCAUCUGCAGAUGGCUUUUGCGAAUAAGAAUGGGAGUAUUGUUGAUAUCCGUUUCAAUGGUGCUCUAAUUCAGUAUGAAGUGCUAGACAUUCUGGAAUUUACUUCUGAUCGGAAAAGAAUGUCAGUGGUUGUUAAGGAUUGCCAAACUGAGAAGAUAUUCCUCUUGUCUAAAGGAGCAGAUGAAGCUAUAUUUCCUUGUGCUCAUACUGGACAACAUAUGAGGUCUAUUGCUGAAGCUGUCGAACAAUAUGCUCAGUUGGGUCUGCGCACAUUAUGCCUUGCCUGGCGUGAAUUAGGUGUUGAUGAAUAUGAAGAAUGGGCACUGAUGUUCAAAGAUGCUAACAGUACACUAAUUGAUAGAGAGUGGAGAGUAGCUGAAGUCUGUCAGAGGUUAGAGCAUGACCUAGAAGUUCUUGGUGUUGCUGCCAUAGAGGAUUGUCUACAGGAUGGUGUGCCUGAAACAAUCGAAACUCUUAGGAAAGCAGGAAUAAAUUUUUGGAUGCUGACUGGAGACAAGCAAAACACUGCUAUUCAAAUUGCUCUUUCCUGCAAUUUUGUUUCGCCAGAACCUAAAGGUCAGCUUCUGUUGAUUAAUGGAAAAACCGAGGAUGAAGUUUGUAGGAGUUUGGAGAGGGUUUUACUUACAAUGAGAAUCACAGAUUCUGAGCCUAAGGAUGUAGCUUUUGUUGUUGAUGGCUGGGCUCUCGAAAUUGCCCUAAAGCACUAUCGUACAGCGUUCACUGAACUUGCUAUUUUGUCUAGGACGGCUAUAUGCUGCCGUGUAACGCCAUCCCAAAAGGCACAGCUAGUAGAGCUUUUGAAAUCAUGUGACUAUAGAACGUUGGCCAUUGGUGAUGGUGGAAAUGAUGUGAGAAUGAUUCAGCAAGCAGACAUAGGAGUUGGCAUAAGUGGGAGGGAAGGGUUGCAAGCAGCAAGGGCAUCUGAUUAUAGCAUUGGAAAAUUCAGAUUUUUGAAAAGAUUGAUACUUGUGCACGGGCGCUAUUCGUAUAACCGCACGGCAUUUCUUUCCCAAUAUUCAUUCUACAAGUCAUUGUUAAUAUGUUUUAUCCAAAUUUUUUUCUCUUUCAUUUCAGGCAUCUCUGGAACAAGUCUUUUCAAUUCCGUGAGCUUGAUGGCUUAUAAUGUGUUUUACACUAGUGUUCCUGUUGUAGUCAGUGUUCUUGACAAAGAUCUUAGUGAAAGUACUGUAAUUCAGCAUCCCCAGAUACUAUUUUAUUGCCAGGCUGGAAGGCUUCUAAACCCUAGCACUUUUGCGGGAUGGUUUGGCCGAUCUCUCUUUCAUGCAAUUGUCGUUUUUGUCAUCACCAUACAUUCCUAUGCUUUUGAGAAAAGUGAGAUGGAAGAGUUAGCGAUGGUCGCCCUCUCUGGAUGCAUUUGGUUGCAGGCAUUUGUCGUUGCAUUGGAAACCAACUCUUUCACUAUAUUGCAACACCUCGCUAUCUGGGGCAAUCUGGUUGCAUUUUACAUCAUCAACUGGAUUGUCAGCGCCAUCCCGAGAGCCGGAAUGUACACCAUAAUGUUUCGCCUGUGCAAGCAGCCGUCAUACUGGCUUACGAUGAUCAUCAUCGUAGCAGCUGGUAUGGGUCCCGUCCUCGCUCUCAAGUACUUCCGAUACACUUACAGGUCAAGCAAAAUCAACAUUCUCCAGCAGGCGGAACGUAUGGGAGGGCCAAUUCUGUCGCUGGGAAACAUCGAACCUCAGUCAAGAUCUUUGGAAAAAGAUCUGGCCCCUCUGUCGAUCUCACAGCCUAAGGCGCGUAAUUCUGUGUAUGAACCUUUACUCUCUGAUUCCCCCAAUGCCACAAGACGAUCUUUCGGGCCAGGCGCAACCUUCGAUUUUUUCCAGCCGCAGCCGAGAUUGUCGGCCGGUUAUGCGAGAAACUGUAAGGAUAACUAACUGAUGCUCAUGUGUAGAGACUACAGUGAUUUUUACAGCUUCUGAAUCAUAUGAUCAAGCUGUCACAAACAGAUUAUAUAUAUAUAUAUAUACACAUGUGAGUAGAAUUGCAGUUGCAAAAGGGAAGAGGAACAAAAU